AUAAUUUAGAAAUUAUAAAGGAUAAUCGACAACAACAGCAACAACAACAAAGUGAAAAUGAUAUACAAUUAUUAUAUUCAGCAUCAUAUGAUAAUAAUUUAAUUGAUAAUUUUCCAAUUGGUUGUGGUACACAUCCUGAAUUAGAUUAUACAAAUAAUUAUUCAUUUCUUGAUGAUGUUGCUGAUCAACAAAAUGAUAAUGAUAAUGAUUUAGAUAAUGUUAAUGAUGAUGAAUUAGAUAAACUAUUAAAUCUAAUUAAUCCAGAAUGUAUUCUGACUGAAGAAGAAGAAAAUCGUUUAGCUGAAGAAACAAGAAUCAAACAAAAAUGUGUUGCCGAAAUUGUUAUCGGUGAACAACAUUGUGAAAAAAAACAAAAUAAUCCAACAUAUGAACAACAACAACAAGAAAAAGUAAUUAAUAAUCAACGUAAUCCAUUUGAACAAUUUCGUUCAAAAUCAACAAAUAUUCAGGUAAUAACACCAUCAUCGAUUGUUAUUAAAAAUAAAAAUGAAAAUUCAAAUGAAAAUUUAUUAUCUAAAUCGAGUCCAUCUGUGACUGUAUUGAAAACAGUACCAACAACAGUGACAAUAAAUUCGUUAUCGUCCACUAAUAGUGCCAUCAUUCAAUGUAAUAAUAAUCAAAAUAAUAAUCAUCAUUGUAAUCGAUCCUUGUUAUCAAUAUCUCAAUCCUCCUCUACUUCUUCGACAACUACUAGUGGCAAUCAUCAUCAUCAUCAUCAACCAAUACAACCACAAUCAAAUAAAAACUCACUGACUCAACGAUUAUCUUCGUCGUCAGUUUUUGAUGGUGUUUCAACGUUUACUAGUUCGUCGAACAAUACGAUCAAUGAUAUAGUUAAAUCUUCGACAACAACAACAACAACAACGACGACGACGACGAAUGAAGAAGGUUCAACUUUGAUCCAAUCACAGUCGUCGAUAUUCAUACCAUCAUCAUCCACAUCUAUAUCAUCAACAUCUUCAUCAUCGUCUAGUUGCGUUGUUAAAAUCAUCGAUCAACCGGCAUCAAAUGCUCCGUUAGGAAUUUCUGCAUCAAAUUUGAAUAAUAAAAAAUUUGCAUUAGUUCCUGUUUCAUCAUCAUCAUCAACAACAACAACAACUGCUGGUACAACUAAACCAUCGGUUAUAUCGAUCGUACCUAAUUUAGAAAAUAAUAAUAAAAACAAACAAAGUGUUUCAAUUGUAGCCAAUAAUUCUCAUACACAAAGAUCACUUAUAAAUAGAUUAGCACAAAAUUCGCUUAUUCAUCCUCAAUCAUCAUCAUCAUCAACUAUAACCGUGAAUUCGAGCCAGCCAAUAACAACAAUUUCAUCAUCAUCAUCGACUGUUAACACCAAAAUAUCAUCGACCACAUCAACUAAUUCAUCACCACCAUCAUCAUCAACAACAACAACAUCCGGAACUGGCAUUAAAACACAACCAUUUGUAAUUAAAUAUCGUAAACCUAAUGGUAUGAUGGCCACAACAUUAGCAUUAAUGCUUGGUGGAAAAUCUGAUUCUACAACAAGUGGUACAACAACAACAACCGAAACAACAACUAGUCCUACAUCUGGCAAUAAAUCAAAUCAAAUGAAUCAUACACAGAAUAAAUCACAAGGUGUUGAUUUAACCACUAUGUUCAACACUGCCUUACUUGCUGGAUCAUUAAAUCAUUCCAUGUUGGAAAGUGAAAGUGGCGAUAGUGAUCAUCAAACAUUUAUUGAAACGGCUGCUGCUGCUGCCACCGAACGAUAUGUUCGUGAAAAAAUAGAUCCACAAUUAUCAUCACAAUCAUCAUUUAUUAAUCAACGUGUCCAACAACAGAUGGCGAUACCAUCAUAUCUAUCAAAUGUAUCAUUAACAAAAACCGGAAAUGUCGAUAUAAACGAAUAUCAACAAGUAGCAAGAGAUUUAACUCGACCAUUAUCACCAAAUUCAGCGAAUGCAUUUUUUGCUGCUGCUGCUGCAUCUGAAAUUGAUGCUAUUAAAUUUGAACGUGAAUGUGUAAAUUGUGGAACACAAAGUACAAGUCAAUGGCGAACAAACGGAAAUGGACAUUAUCUUUGUAAUGCUUGUGGAUUAUAUAAAAAAUAUAAUGGUGAAGAUAGACCACCGGCCAGUAUUCAACAGCCUCGUAAAAGAAGUAAUCAACAGCCAAAACAAUGUUCAAAUUGUGGAACAUUAACAUCAUCAAUGUGGCGUCGUACAGCCAAUAAACAAGUUGCCUGUAAUGCUUGUGGCCUUUAUUAUAAACUUUAUGGUGUUAAUCGUCCAGUUGAAAUGCGUAAAGAUAUUGUUUAUCCACGGAAUCGUUAUUCAAAAUUGACUGGUAGUUCAAAAACUGGUAAUAAAAAUUCCGGCAUCACUAUCGGCAGUGUUGGUGGUACAUCAAUGUUAAAAUCAUCAUCCUUUCAUCAAACCAUCAAUGGUCAUCAUCAUCCUCAUUUUUCAAUGCUUAAACAUCAGAAUAAUUUUGUUGGUAAUCUUCAUCAAUUCAAUCAGACGAAAUUGCCAACGGAAAUGCAACAAAAUUCUAAAGUUUUUGUGAUCUCUGGCAAUGAUGAUUUAAAUAAAAACAGUCAUUCAUCUGAUCAACCGAUUUCUUUGAUCAACAAACAACCAAGUGCCUUUCAAAAUCAUUCGCCAUCUAUUGUUAAUAAUAAUCAUAAUAAAAUUAUCGGCAAUUCAUCUAAUGUUAUAAAUUCGAUGGCCAAACAAACAUCAAGCGCACAAAAUAUGAUCAAAUCAUUAUAUAAUUUAGCUGAUAUUAAAUCGGAAAAUUCAUCCGAUUCAACUCCGGAUCAUACUAAUAAUAAUCAUGAUAAUGAUUCUCAACAUGAUAAUGAUGGUGAUGAUCCAUCCCCUAUUGAACCAUUUCAACCUCAUAUUAAAUCCGAACAAAAUAGCGACGACGAUGAUGAUAAUGAUGAUGAUAACGGUACUCAUGAACGAAAAUUGACAAUUAGUGAUGAACAAACUAAAAAUGUGACAUCACAUUUAGACAAUAACAACGGUCAUUCCAAUGAUGAUAAUAGUGAUAAUAAUCAUCAAAAUCUUGCUGCGUUAGCACCGUUUCAACAAUUAUUGGAAUUAUCAGCAAUAAAUGCCAACAAUCCUGUUGCUGCCCAAACACAAACAGCUUUAAUGUCAGCUAUUCUUCAACCCGGAUCGUUUCCAUUAGAUUCAAGUUUACAAUCUAGUUUAUGUAAUCCUGCUGUUGUAGCCAUGUUACAAGCAUUUAAUUUAAAUGGAUUAUUGAAUCAAACUAAUCUAUCGAAUGGCGAUCCAAAUGUCGAUCAUGUUGGUAACAAAAAUGGUGAAGGUGUUGAUAAUUCCUCCCCGAAUGGUGGCAAAUCUCCCAACGAUUAUGCACAACAUGAAUGCGCUAAUUGUGGUGCAUUAGGCAGUAUGACUCAAUUGAAACGAUAUGGAUCAUUAUCUCAUUAUCUUUGCGGUCGAUGUGCUAAUCAUCGAAAAUCUUCCGAUCCAACAAGCAGUCCUCAUUCAGGACGAAAGCAAUCGAAACCUCGCGAUGUUCAAUGCAGUAAUUGUCAUGUUACACAAUCCAGUGAAUGGCGACGAAAUGUUCGCGGUGAGAUUGUUUGUAAUGCCUGUGGUCUUUAUUAUAAACUUCAUAAUCGGGAUCGACCUAUUCAUAUGCGUCGAGAUUUUAUUGCCCACCGUAAACGAACACCGAAUCAUAAUUUUAAAAAUAAAAAAUCUGAAAAUGAAUCUAGCCAACCAAAUCAAAAUAGUUCAGAUACCAAAAUAAAGAAUAAUAAAGAAUGUAAUGAAUCGAUUUCAGCAAACAUUAUCAGAAUAAUGGCUGAUGGACAAGCAAAAGUGACUUCAUUUUUGGGCAAUUCCACAAUCAACAAUGAUGAUAAUCAACAACUUACACCGAAUCAAAAUGAAAUGAGCGACUAUUAUUCUGAAACCGAAAAUACCAAUGAUAAUGAUGAUUCACAAUCAUCGGAAACGAAUCAAUGUUCAUUGAAGCGUCUCCGAUCCGAUGAUGAUUUUGAUGAGUCAUUGUCAGCCAAUUCUCCUUGUGCAAGUGUAGCAUCAGCAUCUUCAAUCGAGACUGAAAAUACAACUAGUUCUGGCCAUAGUACGAAGAAACGAAAACAAAGCAAUCCAAAAAAAUAUAUCAAAGAAGAAACUUGUAUAGCUGCUGAUCAGCUGCAAUCGUCUGAUCAAAUGAAAGACUUGGAAACAAAUUCUUCACCAAAGAUUCUUUCUGAUGAUGAAUGAAAUUUGAAUGUUGUUAUUUCCACGUAACCAAUGACCACAAUGAUCUACCUGUAUUUUUUUCAAAAAAAUUGAU